CAAGCACUCGCCUUGCUGGAGCAGCUGUAUCGAUGUCGACUACGUCUUGGCUAAUGCCAAUGGCGAUUGCGUCAUCUGUUGAAUGUGCAGGUGAAGAGUUGAUUGAUUCCCUCGGCUACUUAGGGGGAGGCAUGGGUCUAUAUAUAUCUCAUCUUAUGAAGCCCCUGGAGUCCAUCCAGCCACCAACAAUUCACAUCAUCGUGGAUCGAGAGUUCCUCCCACUUCUGCAUGAUUUCCGCCAGGAUGACCCACAUUCUGCUCCUCCAGGACGCUGACGCUAGUACAUUCUACGAUCAAACGCAUCGGCGGUCUGCGGACCAGCGUCAAGGGCUGACACGACGGCAC